AUUUUUCUUACUGGUGUAAGCGGUACUCGCGGAUGGAUCUACACCGUCAACUGCACGGUUGCAUCAGAACCUUCAGGAAGACGUCCUGUCGCUCAGCGUCAUGUCACCGAACGCCAUCAACGCUACGAGCAGGGAAGGGAACGCCUACAUCGGUUUCCUUCCGGGAGCCUCCAAGGAUAAGUCGUGUCUCAUGGCUCGCUUCCCUUACGUUGCGCCCCUCGUCUCCUACCGACACGUGGAGCAUCCUCUUCGUAUCCGAAGAUUAGUAACAAGGUGUUCUUCCCGCUGAACGAAUUCGUGUUGACGUGACGUCGACAGCGCCGCUCCCGUUCGUCUCCGUCCGAACAUUCGCGAGGGAGGCAGGACACGUCGUCACGACUGCUGCCACGACCCCGACACGUGCGCUGCAUGCGGCCGAGACGGGGUUCUUCUUAACCGAGGCCCCGCGGCUCGCGUUCAAGCCAUCACCGGUGGGAAGGGUUCGAAUACCGAGGAGAGCGUCACCGUCGAAAGAUGCCGGGGCUGACGAUCGGAGACACCGUAGCUGACCUGGAGCUGGAGACCACCCAGGGGAAGAUACGGAUCCACGACUACGUCGGCGAUGGCUAUUGCAUCGUCUUCUCCCACCCCGCUGACUUCACGCCGGUGUGCACCACGGAGCUGGGGAUGAUGGCGAAGUACGCGCCGGAGUUCGAGAAGAGAGGGGUGAAGCUGCUCGGCUUAUCGUGCGACGACGUAGAGUCCCACAAGGAAUGGAUCAAGGACGUGGAGGCUUACACGCCGGGGAGCCUCGUGACGUAUCCGAUCGCGGCGGACCCAAAGAGGGAGGUGAUCAAGCAGCUUAACAUGGUGGAUCCCGACGAGGAGGACGCCAGCGGAAACCAGCUUCCGUCGAGGGCACUGCAUGUUGUCGGACCAGAUAAGAAGGUGAAGCUGAGCAUGCUGUACCCGGCGUCGACGGGGCGGAACAUGGACGAGGUGUUGAGGGUGGUGGACUCACUGCAGAAGGCGGCGAAGCACAAGGUGGCGACGCCGGUGAACUGGAAGCCGGGGGACCCGGUGGUGAUCUCGCCCAGUGUGUCGAACGAGGAGGCCAAGCAGAUGUUCCCGCAGGGGUUCGAGACCACGGAUCUGCCGUCCAAGAAGGAGUACCUCCGCUUCACCCAAGCUUGAUGCAUGUGGUCAUGGUCAUGGUCAUGGUCAUCGCUGUUAUGCUAUUGUGGUGAGCAGUAGUGUAUAUGAUGAGCGGUGUCGGAUUGUUGUGUCGCUGUGUCUGUGGGUUGUCAGUCUCUCUUCCUAAUACUCUCUCUCUCUCUCUCUCUCUCUCUCUGUCGCUCAUGUUUUGUGCAGAGUUAAAUAGUCAAAAAGCGUUACGUUAACUAUAGAUUUUGGUGCGACGAAUUGCGAGUCGUUCAUUUUAUACGAGAGGUGGUUUGAGGUAGAAACAUUGGAAGAAAAAUGAUCAUUUUAGCCAACC